ACGAAUUUUGUUUACGUAUUUUAAUGCUAUUUUCAAGUUAAUUCCGUCGACAUGGCCGUACACCUUAACCAUUAAGUUCUCUCUCCCAUCAUCAAAGCUUCAAGCCAGUAGCAAGAUGAGGCCCCUCAAAGACGCCGAGCUGGGGGCCUUCACCUUUUUUGCCUCAGCGCUCCCUCAUGAUGUCUGUGGGAGCAAUGGCCUUCCUCUCACCCCCAACUCCAUCAAAAUCCUAGGACGUUUCCAGGUCCUCAAAACCAUCACUCACCCCAGACUCUGCCAAUAUGUGGACAUGUCCAGAGGGAAACACGAACGGCUGAUUGUUGUUGCUGAACACCUUGAAAGCAGUUUACGUGACUUCCAGAAACAGGGGAAAACAGCAAGCCCAGAGAAUGUGCUGCAGAUAGCCUAUGAGGUCCUUGAAGGUCUGGAGUUUAUGAACAAACAUGGAAUGGUGCACAGAGCCCUCAGCGCACACAAUGUGCUCAUGGACUGCAAGGGAAAUGUCAAGCUGGCAAAGUUUGGCCUUUAUCACAUGACUGAUCAUGGGGCCGAUGUAGAUUUUCCCAUUGGGUACCCAUCAUGCCUUGCUCCAGAGGUGAUCGCUCAGGGCUCCUUCCACCCCACUGACUCUUCCCACGACGAAGCUCCUCUGCCUUCAGGACCCAAAUCUGAUGUCUGGUCGCUCGGGGUGUUGUUGUUUGAAUUAUGUGCUGGUCGACGACUGCUGCAGAACAUUGAUAUUAGUGAGAGAUUGAAAUUCAUCCUAACCUUGGGUUGCAUAGACGACAUCGUCACUGUCCUCGCUGAGGAACAUGGUUGCCUGGAUGCCAUCAAGGAGUUGCCUGAAAAUGUCCUCGAGUUAUUAAGGAAAUGCUUGACCUUCCUUCCUUCCAAAAGGCCGACCCCUGCAGACCUGCUGGGAGACCCUGUGUUUAGUGGCGUCUCGCGCCUCUACACACCCUUCAAGAAGCCCGUUAGUCUGUUCUCUUCCUCUCUACGCUGUGCACAUCUGGAACUCCCAGAGGACAUCAGGGAACUUUGCAAAGAUGAUGAUAAUAAAGACUACCUGUCGGAGCGGGCCAUAGAUGAGGUGUACCAUCUGUGGUGUCUGGCGGGGGGAGACCUGGAGAAGGAGCUGACCAACAAGGAGAUCAUACAAUCCAAACCUCCGAUCUGCACACUGCCCAAUUUUGUCCUGGAAGACGGGGAAUCUUUUGGCCAGGGGAGAGACCGGAGCUUCUUGCUUGACGACACCACAGUGACGUUGUCUCUGUGCCAACUCCGAAACAGACUGAAGGAUGUUUCAGGAGAAGCCUAUUACCCUCUACUGGAAGACGAACAGUCGAGUCUGCCCCAGUCCAACAGCAGCAAUGAGCUGUCGGCCACCGUCACGCUCCCACUCAUCAUCCGAGAGAGAGACACCGAGUACCAGCUCAUCCGCAUCAUCCUCUUCGACAGGCUGCUCAAGGCUUAUCCUUACAAGAAGAACUCAGUGUGGAAAGAGGCCAGAGUGGAUAUUCCCCCGCUUGUUCGAGGUCUGGCGUGGGCAGCACUGCUUGGCAUAGACGGAGACAUUCAAGCCAAAUACGAGAGCACUGACAAGGAUACUCCCAUCCCAACUGACAGACAGAUCGAGGUGGACAUCCCGCGCUGUCACCAGUAUGAUGAGCUGCUGUCGUCUCCUCAGGGCCACAUCAAGUUCAGGCGUGUGCUGAAAGCCUGGGUGGUCUCCCACCCUGACCUGGUCUACUGGCAGGGUUUGGAUUCACUGUGUGCCCCGUUCCUCUACUUAAACUUUAAUAAUGAAGCCCUGGCAUAUGCCUGCAUGUCUGCCUUCAUCCCCAAGUACUUGUACAACUUUUUCCUGAAGGACAACUCUCAUGUCAUUCAAGAGUACUUGACCGUCUUCUCCCAAAUGAUUGCCUUCCAUGACCCAGAGCUCAGCAACCAUCUAAAUGAGAUUGGCUUCAUCCCAGACCUUUAUGCUAUUCCAUGGUUCCUGACUAUGUUUACACAUUUAAGGGUGAAGAUGAACACUCCUGCUGCAAGUGUUUCCUCAAGAUAAAAAAAUAGAAAGAAAGCGCAUAAGGAAC